AUGAUCGAAGAUUCGGAUAAGGACAUUUGGAAUGCUAAAACCAUUGAACGACUUGCAGAGUUCGCUUUCAAAAAAAAUAAUUCUACUGAAAAAACUAGCACUCCAGUCAAACGAGAAUCCCCGAGUAGAGCCAAUAAAAAUAUAGGAAAAAAAUAUAAAGCGUCAUCGUUGCCAGCUUCUCCAAAUAAAACCAACGUUUUACAAAGACGAGUAUUAGAACAGUCAAAAGUAAACACUUCAAAUUCUGCUAGUAGUAAUGGUGGUUCACCUGCAAAGGACCGUAAAGGCUUUAGCAAAACGAAUAGUUCCGCAAAAAAGAAUAAUGCUUCUAGUUCAAAGACAUUAUUUGAUUUUUUCAGUCUCCCAAAGGAAUCAAGCGGUAGCCCAAUUAUUAAAAAAGGUACAUUGCAAGAGAAAUUAGAAAUUGAAGCAACCAACUUAAUAAUUGCAUCAAAAUAUUGGAGUUCAUCUGAUACGACAACCACUGAUGAGGUUCCUUGUAAAGAUGAGAGUAUUCACGUUCCCAUAAGGCCGGAUUCGAAAAAAGAAUGUCCAUGGUACAAGAAAUUACAGGACACGAACAUAACGGUUGACGCCUUCAAGUAUGGGAGUAUCCCGAAUUGUACCGCUUAUUUCUUGAGUCACUUCCAUUCCGAUCAUUAUGUUGGGUUAUCCUCAAAAUGGUCACACGGUCCUAUAUAUUGUUCAACUGUGACUGGCAAUCUAGUUGUUCAGCAAUUGCAGGUCAAACCAUAUUACGUUCGAAAAUUGGCUAUGAAUGAAGAGAUUGCCAUUGAUAAGACUAAUACUACAGUUACAUUGAUUGAUGCAAACCACUGCCCGGGAUCUGUAUUAUUUUUAUUCAAAACCAAAUGCGCUAAUGGUGAAAUUAAACGAUACCUUCAUACUGGUGAUUUUCGUGCAUGUCCACGCCAGGUGCUUCAUCCAGCAUUAGCACAACCUAAUAAUCCACCAAUAAAUAUUUUAUACCUUGACACUACCUAUUUGAAUGAGAGAUCUUGCUUUCCAGCUCAGGAACAAGUUGUCAAUGCUAUCAUACAACUGGUUAAAGAAGUGAUCAAAAAUGGUGAAUUACUUCCUAUGAAGCGCACAAAGGCUACAAAAGAGCCAGAGGGUAAACCACAGAUGAUAUUGGAUCAAUGGUUCAAAGGAAAGCCAAAAGAAACUGUGAUUCAGACGGAUUCAGAUUUAAACAUAGAAGUUGAAUCUAUAGAAAUGUUAAAUUCCAAUUUAUCUUCUGUUAAUAUGAAUAUCGACAAAACUGAACAUGAACCUAUUAGCUUGCUGGAUAGCAAAAUUCUGAUUGUUGUCGGCACAUAUUUGAUCGGUAAAGAGAAGGUCUUUUGGGGUAUCGCGAAAGCAUUAAACUCCAAAAUUUACGUGUCAGAUUCCAAAAGAAAGAUGAUCAUGUGUCAAGAGAACCCUGAGUUGGAAGCACUUUUAACAAACAACCCUCAAGAAGCUUCCGUGCAUGUUAUGUUUUUGACGAAAAUAAAGCCAGAGGGAUUAAUAUACUAUCUCCAAAGUCUACAGCCAACAUUUAAACAAGUCAUGGCAUUUCGACCAACUGGGUGGGCUUAUAAACCCUCUGUUUGUGGAACAUUCACGACAUCGUCCACAGUUGAGGAGAUAUUGAAUAAUGCACCUUCUUACACUAUGGAUUUAAUAUAUCCAUCAUAUAACUCUCCAACAUGUCAAAUAUUUGGAGUUCCAUAUUCUGAACACUCCAGUUUUCGUGAACUUGCAGCAUUCGUCAUGUCUCUGAAUAUAGGUCGAAUUAUACCAACAGUAAACAUAGAAUCUGAAGAAAGUCGGAAAGAAAUGGAUUACUGGCUAAGUAAAUGGCAGAAUGAAAAGAAAAAGAAUAAAAAUAUUAGUGUUGCACCGUAUUCUGUUAUAGAUCAUUG